GUGAUAUUCUAAGACGCUAAUUUCGCCGGGCAAUUCCGGAAACAGGGAAAUAGUGAAACGAGCCGUUAUUAAAUUCGGAUCCAGGUGGGUCCCGAGAAGCUUGACCCUUUUCGCAUGGUAUAGGCAGCUUCACUUCACAACUCUCCGCGACUUUGGUCCGCUGAUUUACACGUUAAUCACCGGAAGCAAGGGGAAGAAGGAAACAAAUUCACAAUGGCGAGGAGACGGUUGUUGCUUUUAUUAAAGCCUUUCGAUGUGUUACCGACAAACCAAUCAGAGAACAAUUUUCAUUUCAGAAACCCUAAGGGUGAGACUUCUUCGCAUGAAGUUAUUGCAGGUAUUAAAAUAUCUAGACAAUAGACGUCUGGUUCACAAGGAGGCUAUAAACUUCUGUCAGAGUAUUUUGAGGAAAAAGCUUGUUGACUGGGAAGCUGUUUAUCGUUUUAAUCUAUCUCAGCCGAUCCGUGGUGUAGAUUUAGUAGUUACAAUAGGAGGAGAUGGUACAUUAUUGCAGGCAAGCCAUUUUGUGGAUAAUUCGAUUCCUGUUCUAGGCGUAAAUUCUGACCCAACUCAAGCAAAAGAGGUUGAAGAAUACAGUGAAGAAUUUGACGCUUCAAGGAGUACAGGAUUUCUUUGUGCGGCAACUGUCAAGAACUUUGAACAAAUAAUAGAUGACAUCCUUGAAAGUCGUGUUAGACCUUCUGAAGUCUCAAGGAUGUCAGUCACUCUCAACUCAAAGCAACUGUCACCUUACGCACUUAAUGAUGUUUUGAUUGCUCAUCCUUGUCCUGCUACAGUUUCCCGAUUCUCAUUCAGAACAAAGAAAGAGGAGCAGUCUUGUUCUUCUCUGGUGCAUUGCAGAUCAAGUGGACUUAGAGUGUCAACAGCUGCUGGGUCAACAGCUGCAAUGCUUUCAGCAGGUGGAUUUGCAAUGCCAAUUUUAUCCAAAGAUCUCCAGUAUAUAGUGAGAGAACCCAUUGCUCCCGGAGCUUACAAUAGCCUGAUGCACGGCAUUGUGAAGCCUGAGGAGUUGAUGGAUAUCGCCUGGUAUUGCAAAGAAGGGCUGAUUUAUAUUGAUGGCUCUCAUCUUGUCCACUCUGUUCAGCAUGGGGAUAUCAUUGAACUCUCUUCCAAUGCUCCAACAUUGAAAGUUUUUUUGCCAUCUCACUUGAUAUCAUGACAAUGCAUACAUACAGAUUGAGUUCUUAUAAUUGUUUGCAUGAUGGUGUAACAGUUUUGCAGGUUCUCCCUGUUAACUGUUGCAACCGUUUGUGCUAGUGCACAAUGCUAGAUGUGGUAGUUUUACCCUUUCACAGCUCAUCUGCAGGAAAGAUGGUUGUACCCUAGGCUUUUGCCCUCUAGAGUUGUUACUCCAGCAAACCCUGUCACUUCUUAAUAGAGCACAAAAGAGGAAGAAACUGUGGAUCACCCUUCAAAAUCAUGCAAGAGAGGUAGUUUCAGGUUGAAUUAUAGCCUGAAGACAUUGUCAUAGUAUGAACAUUGAGGCGAUUCCUCCUUAUGGAAGUGUUAUGAGGUUUAUCUCUCACACACACACUAAACCGAUAGGAAAUCUUCUGGUGUAGUUACAAUGGAGCUUGUGUAGUUUGUGGGCUAUAUCCUUAUUGUUGGAUUAGUUUUAUCUGUAAUCUAAAAUAUGUAUUGUUUGUUCAAAAGAGUCAGAGGAAGCUUGAGCACUAGAAAUUUGCUCUAAUAAUUUUCUGGCGUUGAAGGUAAAAAGUGAUAUAAUGCAUAGCCGCUGGCAUAUUUGAAAAA